AUGUCCAGGGUAAUGACUGGGGAAUUUACUCCUCCAAGCAUUGGUCACAAUGAAGCAGCAUCGUCACCAUUGUCUCAGGGCAGGAGAUCCACAUUCGACGACGAUGCGUUCUUCUCAGCGCCCAGAACAAAAUCUGAAGCUCGUACUGUUCGCCCACAAAGUCCUCAACAGGCAAAGCUUCCCACCGUACAUGAUAAAAUCUUAUUUUGGUUCCGGGGAUUGAUCUCAGUUCGUCAGAUGAGAGUUUCACUCAUCGUCGGUCUCAUCUGUGCAUUUACUUACAUUGUUUCGCUGAUUGCUCUUCAGUUUUCGUUGCUGUCACCCCUACAAUUUUUCAGAGAUGCAGUUUCUACACUUUUUGCGUUUUCUACUUGGUUUUCUGCUAUAGUUGUCGGUUUCGCAUCUUUUGUGAUGAGCAGGAUUCUGCUCAGUAUGCUUGUGAAAGCGGAGCAGCCUCAAAGACUUCCGUGGAAAAGCGGCGACACUUGGCUUGGUUACCUUGUUGUUCUCAUUUAUAAUACCAUUUACACUGGUAUCAUCUUGAAAAUGUCAUAUGCUCCACAAAUGGACAGUAUCUUUCUGGGAUCGCUAGUACUUUCACUUGUAAUUUCCACACUGUUCUCGAUUUUCCGCAACGAUUUCCAAAUGUCAUUUUCCGGAAGUGUCGCGCAGCUAGGAGUAUCUCAUUCUAUUAGCACACUGUUCUAUUUCGGGCGCGACUCAUUAAUAGCGUCUGCUUUUCGUGAAGCUGUUCGUGUCGUUUUGAUCACAAUCUUCAGCUCAUGCGUAAUAGGAUGCUUCACUCAUGGUUUGUCUACGCUGCUGUUCCUUUUCCAUAUUUCCUUCCAUCUUUAUUGCUUGAUCGUUGUAUUUGGUCAGAUCUUUGCCACGAAAGUCCUUCUGAAACUGAAUCGUCAGCUUGUCAUGAAGCCAAUGACUUUUCUUCUUCCCCCGCCAUUUGUCGUGCAUACCCCAACUCCUGAGCAAACUAGGACUUUGACUAAUGUUUUAGAUAGUCAGGACAGUCUGCUCAAGUUGUUUGCUUUCACUGACCUACGGCGUAUAGCUUGGACAGAUCAAGCGCGUCGUUUGGAGGUGUUUUCUCUUAGCCAGCCAGGAGGUCAUCCCCGUAAUUGGUCCAACAUCUGCACGACUUGUAUCAACAUUUUGGAACGCGUUCGUAGCGAGAUAGAGGGAGCAUCUUCUCGGCUUUUUGGUGGACCAAGCAUUGAUGGUUCUACUGGAGAUGUGUUAGGGGAAGAACAGAUGGAGGUGGAUAGAGAGAUGUUGAUGAUGCCGCAGAAAUCCCGGAAACAAUUGUAUUCCUCAGCAGUACGACAGCGUCAUCGUGUCGCCAUGAGACCUAUGACCCGUCGCUCCGAAAUCUCGAUCCCGCAGCAAUUCACAUGGCUCAAGAAGAUAUAUGCCCUGUUUGCUGAUGAAGCAUGUGUUAUACCGCGCUUUGACGCUUAUAUAGCUGUACUUGCUAUUGAAAGCUUGUAUAUGUUUGUUGUUGAAUCUUACCAAGAAGAUCGUUACGGUGUCGUCUUAAAAGAUCUUGCAAAUAUCAUUGGAGUCUUCGUGCACCUCAUCCAGGCAAUCGAUAAAUUUUUCCGCUUGAAAGCGAAUCAAACCGUGAAUACAUGCUCCGAUGCGUCAAUCCGCCAGAUAGAUGCAGCGUUACAGGCUGGUUUAUUGCGCAUCAAUGGAAAGUUUGGAGCGCAUCUAAGUGCUUUGAACCUUACCCGUGAACAGCUGCAGACGAUUAAGAUGGUUUGUCAGUCAGAUAUGUAGGCAAUAUGCAUAUUAUUUCAUUCGGGUGCAGUUAUGUUGUUAAUUCUCUGUUAUAUCUCAUGCUUAUCUCACCUCGCUCUGUUAUUUAUUUACUUCUCAUACUUUGUUCGUUGUACUUUGAUGAUACCUGUGAAUUCUUUAAAAUAAAAAUUGAAGACUGUC